GCAUGGCCGCGGAGGACCCGGAGGAGGUGGAGUGGGUGGUGGAGAGCAUCGCGGGCUUCCUGCGCUGCCCGGACUGGUGCGUCCCCAUCCUGGACUUCGUGGAGCAGAAGUGUGAAGUUUUUGAUGAUGAAGAAGAAAGCAAACUGACUUAUACAGAGAUUCAUCGGGAAUACAAAGAACUGGUUGAGAAACUGUUAGAAAGUUAUCUCAAAGAGAUUGGAAUUAAUGAGGACCAAUUCCAGGAAGCAUGUACUUCUCCUCUUGCAAAGACUCGGACAUCACAGGCCAUCCUGCAGCCCGUGCUGGCCGCGGAGGAUUUCACCAUCUUUAAAGCAAUGAUGGUCCAGAAAAACAUUGAAAUGCAGCUGCAAGCCAUCCGGAUCAUUCAAGAGAGAAACGGUGUCCUGCCCGACUGUCUAACUGAUGGCUCUGAUGUUGUUAGUGACCUUGAACAGGAAGAAAUGAAGAUCCUGAGAGAAGUUCUGAGAAAAUCCAAAGAGGAAUAUGACCAAGAGGAAGAAAGGAAGAGGAAGAAGCAGUUAUCAGAGGCCAAGACAGAAGAGCUGCCAGUGCAGGUUAGCGAUGCUACCAAGCUGAAUAAUCCGCAAGGGGACGGUGAGCACUUUGCGCCGCCCCCCGCAGGUCUGAAGACAGCGGGCUCAGAAUACCCGAGCAUGGAAGGGCCCAUAGCAAAUUUAUCAGCACUGGGGACAGAAGAGCUGCGGCAACGAGAACACUAUCUUAAGCAGAAGAGAGACAAGUUAAUGUCCAUGAAAAAGGACCAGAGGACUAAGCAGAUACAAAAUCCUGAGCAAACAGGAAAACCUACUGGGGAAGUCGAGGAAAUGACAGAGAAACCAGAAAUGACAGCAGAGGAGAAGCAAACAUUACUUAAGAGGAGACUGCUUGCAGAGAAGCUUAAAGAAGAAGUUAUUAAUAAAUGAUUUUGUUAAUUCAGCAAAAUCAAUUGAUUUUCUUAAAAAUAAAUUAUUUAAUCCUUAA